GAAUAUAUCACUUAACUGCAUUGGUUACCCAGUAAGCUAGCGCGGGUCAAAGUUUCUUUAAAAUAAUACGACGUCAGUAUUAUUUUUGUACACUUUAUGUAACAGAACAUAAGAUCUAUAAUGCAAUAGCAUAAUGAACGUGAAUGAAUAAUUUCAAGAUUUAUUUAAUUUCAAAGCGAUAACAUAUCAUUUUUAGUCAGUACGAUCUCUUGCCAUUGUCCGUUAAUACUCAAAAUAGAUUUGUAAAGAAUAAAUCAUGAUCUUCUUAAAAGGAAAUAGAAUUAUUAACAUCAAAAUGAAGCCAAUAUUUACAGCAAUGGCAGCAUUCUCGACCAAAGUUUCCCUCAACGAAGUAGUAAUUGCAUCAGCAGUUAGAACUCCUAUGGGUUCUUUCCGAGGGAGCUUAUCUAGUUUAUCAGCAUCAGAAUUGGGCGCUGUCGCUGUUAACGCGGCAAUCGAAAGAGCCGGUAUUCCUAAAGAAGAAAUAAAAGAGGUCUACAUUGGCAAUGUUUGUUCUGCAAAUUUGGGCCAAGCACCUGCAAGACAAGCUGUAAUAUUUGCAGGUUUGCCAAAAAGUACCAUAUGUACAACUGUAAACAAAGUAUGUGCCUCUGGCAUGAAAUCUAUAAUGUUGGCAGCACAAGGUCUACAAACUGGAGCCCAAGAUAUAAUACUUGCUGGUGGGAUGGAAUCUAUGUCAAAUGUACCUUUUUAUUUGAAGAGAGGUGAAACUUCGUAUGGAGGAAUGCAGUUAGUUGAUGGAAUAGUGUUUGAUGGGCUCACAGAUGUGUACAACAAAUUUCACAUGGGAAAUUGUGCUGAAAACACAGCAAAAAAAUUACAAAUUACUAGACAAGAUCAAGAUGAAUAUGCUGUCAAUAGUUACAAGAGAAGUGCAGCUGCUUAUGAAGCUAAAGCUUUUGUUGAUGAACUUGUACCUGUACCCGUUCCACAGAAAAGAGGGGCUCCUGUAAUAUUUGCUGAAGAUGAAGAGUAUAAAAGAGUUAAUUUUGAAAAGUUUACAAAAUUGUCUACGGUAUUCCAAAAGGAAAAUGGCACUGUUACUGCAGGCAAUGCUUCAACAUUAAAUGAUGGAGCUGCAGCUUUAGUGUUAAUGACGGCUGAUGCCGCUAAAAGAUUAAAUGUCAAGCCGAUUGCCCGAAUUGUUGGAUUUGCUGAUGGGGAAUGUGAUCCCAUUGACUUCCCGAUAGCACCAGCGGUUGCCAUUCCUAAAUUAUUAGAGAAGACUGGUGUCAGGAAGGAAGAUGUUGCAUUGUGGGAGAUAAAUGAAGCUUUCAGUGUUGUUGCUGUUGCAAAUCAAAAAUUAUUAGGAUUAGAUCCAUCAAAAAUUAAUGUACAUGGUGGAGCUGUCAGUUUGGGUCAUCCAAUUGGUAUGUCUGGAGCUCGCAUUGUUGUACAUCUGUGCCAUGCUUUAAAAAAAGGAGAAAAGGGAGUUGCUUCAAUUUGUAAUGGCGGAGGUGGUGCAUCAUCUGUAAUGAUUGAAAAAAUAGCCGAAACUCCAGAAGAGCUACCGGUUUUGACAUUUUAUACCAAAGAUCCAUGUGGUCUCUGUGAUUUAGUUAUGGAAGACCUUGAACCAUAUAAAAAGAGACUUAUCAUACAAAAAAUUGAUAUCACUCAAAAAGAAAAUUUGCGGUGGUUACGCCUUUAUAGACUCGAAAUACCAGUCUUAUUCUUGAAUGGACAUUUUUUAUGUAAACAUAAGUUAAACAAAGAUCUUCUUGAGAAAAAGUUGACAUUAAUUGAAAUAGAAAAAAAACAAACAUCAUAAAUACUAAAUGAUAGUUUUAAAUGUUUUAAAAAUGUUCAAAAUAUACUACGGAGGUAUAAUAUAAUACAGAGGUGUAUACAAGAUUUUUUUCCUUUUGUAACAUGGAAAUUUCGCUGAAAUAUUUCAUGGAAUUUACUAUAGAUUUACACACAGUCCUAUCCCAACGUAGUAUGUCCCAAGACCAAAUCAUUUCUAUUCUUCCAUUGUAAUUGUUUAAAACAUUAUGAAGAUAGAAAUCUAGUAAUUCUCUCUUCUAGUAAUAGCUCAAUAAUUUCAUACUAUCGAACUCAUUAUUUUGAUAAAUCAUGAAUGUUCCUCAGUUUUGCCUUUGCCUGAUUUUUAAGUCUUCACUUAAAAGCUUGUAAUUAUAUAAAUCAAAUCGAAUCUUGGUCUCUGGCCUAUAAUUGGUAAAUCAAUAAAGAUUUUCUCUUAGAUGUUUCUACCAAAACACAUAAAUGAUGAUAUGUUUUCUAAUGAAACAAAAAGCAAAUCAUUCAGAGAA